AUGGACAAGUUGGCGGGUACUCGUAAAAUCCUUGAGGAUUCAUUACGCCAAAAGAACUGGUUUACUGAUCUCUUGGAGAAAGCGGAAAAAAAGACUAAUGUUGAUCGCCUGUACAUUGUUCUCGGGGGUGCUCUUGUGAUAUUCCUUUAUCUAAUUUUCGGUUAUGGAACCAGCUUUCUUGCCAAUCUGAUUGGAUUUAUAUAUCCUGCAUAUAGAUCCAUUAAAGCUCUCGAGACAGCUGACAAAGCAGAUGACACCAAGUGGCUUACUUACUGGGUUGUGUUUGCAGCAUUCAGUGUUGUUGAGUCAUUCACUGAUAUAUUCUUUUAUUGGGUGCCGCUAUACUCAUUGCUGAAGUGUUCAUUCUUCCUAUUCAUGAUGAUCCCAACCUCACCUAAUGGGUCGAUACUUAUCUAUCAGAAAGUUAUCCGACCCCAUAUAUUGGCACACGAAAAGGAUAUUGACAAGAUAAUCAACGAGGCUGCUGAUUUAGCUGGUGAUUUUGGAAAUGCUGCUAAAAAGAAGGCCGCUGAAGUAGUAUCUCAAGAACUCAUUGGAAAAAAUGAAUAA